AUGUCCAUAGAUUGUCUCUAUCCAGCGCGGUGUUGGGCUCGAAUAGCCUUUCGAAGCAUGUCGAAGCCCUACACUUUUUCGGGCGGACGGAGUUCUGCAUUGACCAAAAGACACAAAGUGCCACAUGGUUCUCCGCCGCCGCCUCCUGAGAUAUUCCACGAUGACGUCCUCACCAUAACUUCCGUCGUGUGGAAGGAGUUCUUGGACAAGGGAGGAAUCAACGACUUAAUCAACCGCAAGAUGUCGAAUAAGUCCAUCUACGAAGAGUUGGACCAGUUCCUCACGGCGGCGCAAUGGGAGCGUGUGAGCGGAGGCGAUGAGAGGUUCACUUUGACCAUGGAAUCUUCUGCGACCAUCAAAGGCUUGCCCGAUGCCUCUUUCGUUGGCCAGCAGGAGACUUACCCGAACGUCAUGGGCUAUAACAAUUUUAUGGAGAAGUUGCACCUCUUGUUCGCCUCCCAGUUCUCGGAUCGAGAAAUGUGCUAUCGCCGAGACCGCAAUGUUGGACACGACCAAGUUGCGCUAGUGUGCAGCUCCAGCUAA